AUGUCAUUGAACGUGCUCCCAAUUCCUGUCGACGAAGCUACCCUUCAGGCUCGCCAUAAGACAUUAGACACCCUUGAAGCACAGCUCGCAGGAAGUGUCCAGUGGCAAGAAUGCGAAUCUGCGGCAGCUUACCGCAAAAUGCGGCGAGAGGGCCUGAACGGGUUCCAAGCGCCUGCUCUCAACCCCAAUGCACGGACGGUGAAUGUUUCGGGGCGAGACAGUUAUCAAAUUGAAUUGAGAAUAAUCGCACCCAAGGACAAACCAAGCAGAGGUGUUUGGUUGCACUUCCAUGCUGGUGGCUUCGUUAUUGGUAGCAAUGCCUCGUACGACACGUAUUUGACCACUUUGUCCGAUCGCUUGGGUUUGACAAUGGCCUCUGUUGAAUAUCGACUCGCACCCGAAGUUUCUUUCCCCAAGCCGCUUCACGACUGUGUUGAUGCAGCACUCUACGCACUCAGUCCAGCAGGGGAGAAAGAACUAGGCGCACCACUGAAAGUCCUUGGAGGGGAGUCGGCGGGCGGAUGGCUAGCAGUUUCAACAGGUCUGUCUCUCCGCCGAGACCACGGAAUCGAUGUGCGAUCGACUCUGGACGCGAUCGUGGCUGGAUACGGAAUUUUCGAUCUCACAUACACUCCAUCUCUUCUUGAGCACACUCGAAACAUCGUGUUGAGCAAGGAGGGUAUGAUGGCCUUUUGCGAGGCUGGUUUCGGCCAUAUUCCCAUGGCUUACAGGAAAGAUCCGCUUAUUUCGCCUCUUUAUGCGGAUUUAAAGGAUAUGCCAGCUGCGUUAUUCUUGUCAGGGAAUAUUGAGCCUCUGCUUGAUGACAGUGUUUUCAUGGCGGCGAAAUGGCAACAAGCUGGAAAUGUUACUAAUUUGAGUGUGGUCAAUGGGGCUUGUCAUGCUUUUACUAUUAUUCCGAUGGGUGAUGCGACUGAUGAAGGGUUGGACAUUAUUGUCGAUUUUGUGCAGCGGAUAUCCAGUCAAUGA